CUAUGUGCGCGCGCGUUUUCGUGCGUGCGUGCGUGCGUGCGUAAGCUAUGUAUGAGUGUGUGUGUAUGUGAGCGAGUGUGUGUGCAGGCUUCCAUACAGAUGAGAGCUGCAAGUCACGCACUGCCUGACGUAGCGAAGCACCGGCUGCGUUUCCAUAGCGCGUGUAUUGCGCAACCGGACGGACGGAUCGGCAGUCCAGCAGCAGCAGUAGCUGUCCGCGAGCCUGAGCCUGCACCUCGAGCUGAAUAUUUGUGAUUUUUUUAAACAGUAUUUUAACUGUUUUUGUUAUUAAUAUUGUCCGCACUGUGUUUUUUUUAUUUUGUAUUAUUUCUUAUUUAUUUUUUGCAAUCGCUGACAGUAAGCUUGUAUGGGAGUCGUGGCGUUGCCGGGUGCACGCGCAUCGUUUCUCGCGCCCGGGCUGCUCGUGUCGUCGCUCCAGGGAUGCGGCCGUGAGAGGAGCGCGCGGAAUAGGAGGAGGAGGAGCGUCGGGGGCGAGCGGCGCGCGGCUGCACAAACUUUACGGCCGCGGCCCUGAAGCCGGCGGUUGGACGCGCGAGCCAGCGUGUGCGCGAGCCAGCGUGGGGACGCCUCGUUUAAAAAACAACACACGCUCCAAAAUAACGGACAACAGCAGCAAAAGUGGAGGAAGAGGGGACAGCGCCGUUACUACUGACUGAGAGAAAGCGAGAAAGAGAGGGAGAGACCAAGACACUGAGGUGUGUGUGUGUAUAUUUUAAAGAGGGAUAGAGAGAGAGAAAAAGAGAAAGAGAGGGAGAGCUCUCCGCUGCCAGCGUAUGCUACGCUCGGCGUCAGAGACAUAUUAGUUAGCUACUGGGUCGCUGCUGGUUUCACGCCAGCCACUGACUGACUGACUGUUUUGACUUUGAGCUCACAAGCAACAGACGAAGAAAAAAGAAGGGAGGAACACGAGGACGAGAGGAAAAGAGAAGGGAAAAGAAGGACACAUAUCUCCCUCUUUCACACAGCUUUCACUCCUUGUAUAGGCUACAGCCUACCACAUACUCUGUCUGGUGUGGUGUGUCCAAUCCUCCAGUUCUCACCCUCACACACUCAGACAGCUUCAGCUAAGCUCCAGCCUCUCUGCCCGAGCCGAACCGAGAGCGAGCCGCCGACGCAGCUGCCGCUGCCCGCCGUCCCCUCCUCCCCGGACCCCGGACUGCUCGCCUCUGAACUAGCCAGCUAUGCCGAGAUCCUCCACGUAAAGCAUGGAUGGGAUUAUUAUCAGUGUGCUGGGGCUCGUCGCGCUCAUGCUGGAAGGCGCCUGCUGCCAGGGAGUGUACGCUCCCCCUUCUGUCCGGAUUGUGUACUCCGGGCAUGCAUGUAACGUGGAGGAGGAGCGCAACACAGAACGAGUGUACACCAUCCGAGAGGGUGAGACCCUCGAGCUCACCUGCCUGGUAACUGGACACCCCCGGCCACAGAUUCGAUGGACAAAGACAGCAGGCAGCGUGUCAGACCGAUUUCAGGACUCAAGUGUUUUCAAUGAGACUCUUCACAUCGCCAAGAUCCAGAGGAACCAAGGCGGACGCUACUACUGCAAGGCAGAGAACGGCCUGGGCUCACCAGCCAUUAAGUCCAUCAGAGUGGACGUCUACUACUUGGAUGAUCCAGUGGUAACAGUCCAUCAGAGUAUAGGAGAAGCCAAAGAGCAGUUUUACUAUGAAAGGACUGUCUUCCUUCGCUGCGUGGCCAACUCCAACCCUCCGGUGCGCUACAGCUGGCACAGGGGCCGGGAUGUGCUGUCUCAGGGUUCAGACAAGGGUGUUGAGAUCUACGAACCUUUCUUCACACAGGGGGAGACUAAGAUCCUGAAGUUGAAGAACCUGAGACCCAAGGACUACGCCAACUACAGCUGCAUCGCCUCUGUACGCAGUGUGUGCGGCAUCCCUGACCGCAGGGUCAUCUUCAGACUCACCAAUAAAACAGCCUCCCCGUCCAUCAAGCUGCUGGUAGAGGAUCCGAUCGUGGUGAACCCUGGACAGACAGUGUCUUUAGUGUGUAUUGCCACAGGUGGUGUGCCCACUCCCAACCUCACCUGGAGCAGCAGCUCGGAGAAGCUCCCGGAGAAGAGUGUGGUGAAAGACGGCACCCUCACGCUGCCGGCCAUCUCCUCUGAGGACGCCGGCGUUUACAGCUGCAUUGCCAGCAACAACGUAGGAAAUCCAGCUAAGAAGUCCACCACCAUCGUAGUACGAGCUCUGAAGAAGGGCCGUUUCUGGAUCACGCCCGAUCCGUACCACAAUGACGACAACAUUCAGAUCGGCCGUGAGGUAAAGAUUUCCUGCCAGGUGGAAGCCACGCCCCCCGAGGAGCUGCUGUUCAGCUGGUUGAAGAACGGCCGGGCUCUGCGCAGCUCCGAGCGCAUGGUCAUCACCCAGACUGACCCUGACAUCUCCCCAGGCACCACUAAUCUGGACAUCAUCGAUCUGAAGUUCACCGACUUUGGCACCUACACCUGCGUGGCGUCGCUUCGCGGCGGGGGCAUUCCAGAGAUCAGCAUCGACGUUAACAUCUCCUCCACCACUGUCCCUCCUCUGUUUUUCUCUUUCUUAGUUCCCCCCAACCUGACCGUCCCACGGGGCAAGUCCCCACUGGUGGUGCGGGAGGGCGAGACGGUGGAGCUGGAGUGCCUUGUUUCAGGAAAGCCCAAGCCCAUCAUCCUGUGGUCGCGGGCCGACAAGGAGGUGCCCAUGCCGGACGGGAGCAUGCAGAUGGAGAGCUACGACGGGGUGCUGCGGAUCGUCAACGUGUCCCGCGAGAUGACCGGAUCCUACCGGUGCCAGACCAGCCAGUACAACGGCUUCAACGUCAAGCCUCGAGAAGCUGUGGUGGAGCUUAUAGUACAAUAUCCUCCAGCAGUGGAGCCUGUGUGGUCAGAGGUGCGGCAGGGUCUGAACCGGCCGGUGGCUAUGAGCUGCAGGGUGCUCCGGGCUCACCCUUCACGGGUGCUGCGCUACGAGUGGCGUCUGGGCUCUCGGCUGCUCCACGCAGGACACUUUGACACACGUGACGAGACGGAGUACACGGUGCGCAGCCUGACCCGCGAGGGAUAUGGAGAAUACACCUGCGACAUCAUUAACGAGGCCGGAGCCGGACGCUGCACCUUCUUAGUCACAGGGAAAGCGUAUCAUCCGGAAUUUUACUACGACACCUAUAGCCCUCUGUGGCAGAACCGACCAAGGGUUUAUGGGUUCAAGCUGCAGUGGACCCAGAUGAACCCCGACGCUGUAGACCGAAUCAUGGCGUACCGCUUGGGCAUACGACAGACUGGGCAGCAGCGGUGGUGGGAGCAGGAAAUCACUGUGGAAGCUCCUAUACAGAAAGGAGAACUCAUCACCUACAACCUGACAGAGCUCAUCAGACCUGAGGCCUAUGAGGUGCGUCUGACCCCCAUCACACGCUUCGGCGAGGGAGACUUCACCAUCAGGAUGGUCACCUACAGUGCUCCCAUUAACCCACAUCUGAGGGAAUUUCACUGCAGUUUCGAGGAGGAGCCCAUGUGCAUGUUCACUCAGGACAAGAACGACAACUUCGACUGGACCAGACACAGCGCUGCCACACGAGACACCAAAUACACCCCCAACACAGGGCCUAGCGGAGACCGCGCUGGAUCUAAACAGGGUUUCUACAUGUACAUAGAGACCUCCAGACCUCGUAAAGAUGGAGAGAAGGCCAGGCUGCUGAGCCCCACCUUCAACGUGGCCCCUAAAAAUCCUUAUGGCAUCACCAACCCUCCUGCGUACUGCUUUGGCUUUUAUUACCACAUGUAUGGAAAACAUAUCGGUACACUGAAUGCAUUCAUGAAGCAGAAAGGCCAGGCCACUGCAGACGCUGGUCCAGUCUGGUCACUCAGUGGAAACCAGGGCGAUCGGUGGAGACAGGCCAAAAUCAGCAUCCACCCCACUUCCUCCUUCCAGGUGAUUUUUGAAGGCAUCCGAGGUCCAGGGAUUGAAGGGGACAUCGCUAUUGAUGAUGUCACUUUGGAAGAGGGGGAGUGUCCCGACCCACCGUCCAAUCAUAUCAGAUCGAGGGCUUCAUCCAGAGCAACGCAUAUAUGGCCGUUAUGCACCGCCCUGGUUCUCACACUGUUUCGAGGUCAGAGGUGACCACCAGGUGUGGUGGAGACUGGUGACAGCGUCCACGUCUGUGUCCCUGUACCCUCAAUAUAUAAUCACCAAAGAUUCAUACAUUCAGAUUGCUGAGAGGGACGCAGCACUGGCUUCAACGCGGAUUAACAGAAACAACAACAAAAAAAAAUCAAUAAAAAAAGGAAAAAAACCCAACACAAAAAAGUAAUAAGGAUUCGCAAAAAUGUAUCUUUUGAAAACAAUCUGCAAACUCUGGUUCGGUAAGAUGCUCGUGAGGACUGGGACGAGAGCACUUUUCUAACGGAGUAGCUGGUGCAGGAGGCGGGGCUCGUCAGGAAGGGCUUCCAUGCAGACCUGAGGACAGUUUGUAAAGCACAAGGACAACUUUUCCAGCUGGCAGUAAAAAAGCUCAUUUAAAAAAAAAGUGGGGAAACGAAAGGUGAUGGCAGUCUCCCCUCGCUCUUUACUACGAACACUUUUCAGUGUGUCAUCCUUUCUGUCCUUCGUCAUAUACUCUCAUCACCACCCUCUCUUCAGUUAACAAUGGGAUUUGUACCUUCUUUUGGCUUGGUGCUUUAGAAACACAGAUAAAAUGAACAGUGGAGAAAAAAAUAUCUGAUACCUGCUUUAUAUCCCUCUACCUGAGUAGCUGCCUAUUUUGAUUUCACAACACUGUGCUCACACCCCCUAGGGGCAGGCCAGGGGUAGGAGAUUGGGUCAGAGGUCACUGGGAGCGAGCAAGCAGUGGUGAAGGAGGAGGGAGAGGAGGUGAGAGGAGGAGAAGGCUGACGUGUGGAGGGCCUGAGGCAGGAGGCCAUGGAGUUUGGAGAGAGCUGGAGUAGGUCAUGAUGAUGAGGAAGAAGAAGAAGAAGAAAUAGAAGAAGAAGAAACAGCAUUUCCUCUCCUCCUUUAUUCUCCACUGCCAGAAAAGUGACAUAAUCAGUGCCACUUUCUGCCAUGACAUAUAAAGUGCCUUCAGAUUAUUAACAGAAUCGUGAGCCUGGCCAUUAACACCAAUGUCAAUGUUUCUAAUGUCACCGAUGGGCUAUUUUAUACACGAUUAUUUUGCUCCUUCAAGUGCUGAUUUGAAUGGCACGACCAUUUGCGUUGGAGAUCAGAGAGGACCCCAGACGUCAGCACAACAGCCUGCCAGCGAGCAACUCCCAGCAGCGCAGAGGUGGGUUUAGGGCAGGUCCUUCUUAAUGUAGGUAGCCUCGGCCUCUGCGGCUACGGUAAAGACGCUCAUUCUCCAUGGCUGCCAUCACACUGUAACAUAGCCGAUGUGCUGUACUGGGAACAAAGCAGGCCUCCGGAAGCCUGCCAUGACCAAUGAUUUAGAGAUGGAGUCUCCUCAAAUGGGCCUUAUAUGAACGCUAUGAGAUAAACCCAAUAGUACACCACCAAGGAGGUAACCAGCAGGCAGCGAAGCCCACAUCACAUAGACCGACUGUCCCUACCCAUGCCUCUGCCAUUUAUAUAAUGAACAAUGUACAUUCUGAAAGAAAAAGAUAUUAAUAAUUAUAAUAAUAUUUUAUUACUCUAGCGAGAAUGUUUCUCUGAUUUUACACAAACUGUGAAAAAUAAACUGUGGAAAAAUCUACCUGAGAGUAUCCAUAACCAGCUGGUUUUUAAAAACUUAUUGUAAAAAAAAAAAACAAAAAAAAAAUUCAGAAAGAAAAGCAAAUGAACAUUUACAUAUAUUGUUGGUUAUGAACAAAAAAAAAAUGUUUUGAGGAGCUGUGUCUUGUUUCUUAUUUUUAUGUUCAAACUGUUAUGACUUUUAACUUUCUUUAAUUCCUCGUCGUCUCCCUUGCAUUGCUAAAAUAUUGAAAUGGCCGGAAACAUAUUGAUUAAAGUCAGUUUGGUAAAUGUAUAACUUGUAUAUGUAAAGAAAGCUCUGUUAAUCAAGGUUUAUAUGAAAUGUUUAUGUAUGACUUACAGGAAGCACAAGAUUUAGGGUUCAACGUUUAAAAUGCAGUAUAAACUCAUAUAUGUGACUUUCUUAUUACAAAGCCAGGCGUAACAAAAUUGGAGAGGCAUUGAAUUGAACUGAAGUGUCUGUAGUGCACACCCAUACAGUAGUCACAUGUGCACAGUGCUUCUGUUCAAACGCUCUAUUGUUUAACCUGAAGAGGCUUUUUUUUGUCUUUUUACUUGACACUCCAGCUGCUUUUGACUUUUGUUUCCAUUACAGUUACAGCAACACCCCGCUCUCUUUACUCGUGGCUUUGCUGCUGUGAAUCUGUGAAAGCUCUGCUAGUAACAAUUAUGUCAGUUCCAUGUAGAGAGACAUCAGUACUGUGAUGUGUGUGUGUGUGUGUGUGUGUGUGUGUGUGUACACAUGUUCAUUUAAAGAGGCACACUCUAAAUUCAUUAUUUCAUCUUUAUAUACCCCGACUGAUGAAGAGUUUAAAUGGAGAUAGAAAGCAAUGACAGGGUUUCUUUUAUUUUAGAAAUGUUUCACAGUCUUGGUUUUGUCAGAGCGAGUCACAUAUAUGUCCUGGUAUAUGCAGUGUACAAUAGGUGUGUUAGGAAACAAUACAAUACAUGUAGAAGAUGUGAACAAAGCAGAGCACAAUGAUCUAUAGUCAUUACAGGACAUGCUAAACCCCUUUCCCUGCUUACGAUGGAAUCGAUCCACAGGACAUUCUGGAGAUCCUUCCAGUCUGCAUCUCACUUCCAUGGUUCAAAGCGUUUUGUAAGAAUCACACAGGAAUUAAACACAGAGGUUGUAUGAUGUGUGAAUUACACUUACACAAAUAGACAUCAAAGCAGGAAACGUUCACUAUAAGGAUCUCCUAUGUUAAUAGUCACCAAAACCUUUUCCUGGAGAUCUUUCUUUCUCCAGGUGGGUUUCAGCUCCAACCCAAAUCCAGCUCCUCAGUCUCUCAAGUAGUCUGGAUUAGGGUUGGAGCACAGAGCAGGUUUUUUUGAGUUAAAUGAUCUGAAUGAAGUGAUAUUGCCAUUUUGCAUAUGGGUUGCCAUAUUGGUCACAUGUCAUAAUAGAGGAAAAGCAAGUCACCACAGAUGAUGGUGUUGCGAUUAGGGGAAAGAGAGGCACAAACUAACACAGGAAACUGUAGCAUGGAUAUGUUAUGUAGUAAAAUAGUGCACAUUUAAGUGCAACAUGAUUUUGCUCUUCUUUUAGGAUCCUCAUAUGUCCAUAUGUCCAUUAAAUAUGAUUGUAAUUGGACAGAUAUUUUGCAAGAUUUGCCUCAUAAUUCACAUCUGUAUUAUUUAGUAUUUACUAUUUAAUAUAUAUAUUUUUUUAUUGGUGGCUGUAGUAAAGCUGCUUUGAAGCAUCUAAAUGUAAUAUGUUAGUACAGACUCCACAUACAGUGGGGUUAUUUUUAGCUCAUUCACUUUUUGGACGUUUUUUUCUGCACAGAUUUGUCAUAAACACUACUUUUUAUUUUUUAAUUUGUCAAUUCCAGAAACUAAGUUUACAUUAUAAAAUAGUAUUUAUCUCCAUCAAGUAAUGUUUAAAAAUUGCUAAGCAACAAAACAAAAUGUUAAUUUGUGACCUGCUCUCCCCAACUGUGCAAUUUUGCAAGCAAUUUGGCUAAUUCAAGUUUUUUUUUUGCUGAUUUGCAUCCAUUAAUCCUGCUAAUUUUACUCCGUAUUUUUUUUUACACAGGAUUGAGAGCUUGUCCUUUCACUAAACUCCCCCAUCCAAAUGAUUUAGUUUAUUGAUGCCUGAUAAAUAUUUGUGUAUAUUUCUGUAAUUUUAGUGUAAAAAAUUAUGAUCUCAUGCCAUUUAGUGGAAGUGCCCAACUGAUUCCCCUACUGUUUCCAGAAUUGAUGAAGGAAAAAAUGCUGGGGACACUUUAAUCUCAUCAGGUGUUAAAAGCGCAGCAUAUGGAGGAAAGGUGUGCCAAGAUAUUUAUCAGUUAUCCCUCACCGAAAUUUAGCUGGAGCUCAGCUCUCGGUUUUAAGCCAAGUCUCUGGUAUAAGGCCAAAAACCUGUUACCUCAACGCCACAUGCACAAACCCAUUAAAAAGACUUUGAUGUUUGUUUGCCUACCUUGCAAAUGAUGUUUAUGAUUAUAGCAACAACAUCAGCUAUGCGACAUCAAAGUUCUCACAAGCCAUCUCAUUUCAAUUUUAAAUUCGAGCCAUUUAGAUACUAAAAUAUAUAUAUAUAAAUAUACGGUGGCCAAAAUCUGUCCGUGUUUUGAUGUAUAAAGCCCCCAUAUUCCUCAGAAUAUGCUACAGAAUAAUGGAAAACAAUAAAUAAAUAACCUGUUUGGUGCAGAAGUGCUGAGGGAAUGAUGUGUACGUUGGGAAUGCUGUGUUAAAAUCAUUACUCAAAUCUAUGGAUCACAUUCACCAUGUGUUUUUCAGUUGCAUAUAAUGUCUGUCACUAAGAUAAGGGCUUUUUAACGGCUGUUAUUUAAGAUCGCUCCUAAGUGAUUAAAGCCAACAACAACAUUGAUAGCGUGACAAGGUCCUCCAUUGCCUUCGUGUGCGUGUGUGUGUAUACGUUUUGUAUCUGACGAAACACACGUUAUGAAAAAUUCUGGGAAAAAGUGUAUUAACUGUGAACUAACAUCCUGUAUUGACAUGCCGUCAUUGUACUCUGAUUUGUGCUCUGUUUAGGCUUCUUUUCACUGUAUUUCUUUGGAUUUAUCACCAAUUUUUGUGCCAUCCCUGCAACUAAUGAUAAAAUAAUAAAAAAAGGUAUUUUACA